CACAAUGUCACUGUCAUUUUUAAAACAAUGUGUUUUUGAGGAUUUUGAAUUUAAGUUUUUAGAUACAAAUUUUUAAUUUAAUGAAUUAAGAAGUAUUGUAAUACAAAAUGGCACACGUAAUAUCUUAUCCUUUCAAGAAAACAAACAAAGGUUUUUUUAAAAAGCCUGGUCCUGCUGCAACACGUGAUGCUAUUUACUGGAAAAAAUUAGGGUUACCCGUUCUAGUGAAAGAAUUUGGUGCAAUUGACUACUUGGAUUUUAGUCCUAUAGAACCAUAUUAUUUUGCUGCCACUUGCUCCGUCAGAAUACAGAUUUAUGAUCCAAUAACAAAAGUAGUUGCGAAGAAUAUAGCAAAAUUUGUGGAAGCAGCCUAUGGUGGUGUAUUUAGAAAUGACGGAAGGCUUUUAGUUGCAGGCAGUGAAGAAGCAUCUGUAAAAAUAUUUGAUGUCCAGUCUAAAAAUGUCCUUCGAGUUUUUACUGGACACACUGGCCCUGUACACAGGACAUUUUUCACUAAAGACCAAGUUAAAGUACUCAGUUUUUCCGAUGAUAAGUCAGUUUGUUUAUGGGAUAUUGCUACAGAAGAAAAGAUUGCAUCAUUCUCUGAACAUACAGAUUACAUAAGAGCUGGUGCUCCAAGUCCUAUAUCUCCUGACAUCAUUCUAUCUGGUAGUUAUGAUCACACAGUAAAGUUGUACGACUGUAGAUCCAACGAAACAGUACUAACUGUUAACCAUGGUAGUCCAGUAGAAUCCACAUUAUUCCUGCCAUCUGGGGGUAUUUUUAUAAGCGCUGGUGGCACAGAAAUCAAAGUAUGGGACAUAUUUAAUGGAGGAAAAUUACUGGCAAACAUUUCCCAACAUCAUAAAACUGUUACUACAUUAAGACUUGCUAGUAAUAAUAGUAGACUUAUGUCUGCAUCAUUGGAUAGACAUGUCAAAAUAUAUGAUUUGGCAACUUUCAAAGUAGUGAAUAAUAUCGAUUUUCCCAAUGCUGUACUGAGUAUGGCUAUAUCAGAGAAUGAUGAUGUGUUAGCAGUCGGGAUGAUAGAUGGAGUCAUCUCAAUAAGGAAAAGAGAACAACCUUCAAAAUUGAUAGAUAAAAGAAAACGACAAUUCAAAUUUGCCCCAGGUUACACACAGAUAUCCACUAUCGAUGAUGUUACACCAAAACAAAAGGAAAGGAAAGGCGCCCCAGAGCUAGAAUGUGAUAGAUUCAUGAGAAAUUUUGAAUUUACAAAAGCCUUGUCUAUUGUUCUUAAGCCAUUAGUAGCUACUAAACAUCCUAAUGUAACAACUGCAUUACUUCAGGAAUUACUCAGGAGAAAAAUUUUACAUAUUGCUAUUAGAGAUUUGCCAGAAAGGGAUAUUAGUGCAUUGUUAAAGUUCUUCAAAAAUAAUCUAGGUGAGACAAGAUUUACAAGAAUAGUGAUUGAUGCAGCAAAUGUUUUCGUUGAUGUAUUUGAAAAUAAUAUAAGUGCAUUCUCAAGAUACAAUUUGUGGCUCUACACAGCAUUGCAGAAAAUUAUUACAGCUGAAAUUGAAGUUUGCAAGAGAGUUAGUGAGUUGGAGGGUGCAAUGGGCAUGCUAUUCUCAAGUGCUCAAGUUAGCACAAGUUAUGAUCCACUUGAUUUACAUGAUAAUAAUUUAGCGCCGUCAUCAAAUGCACAAAAGGAAAUUGUCAUUGAUGUUUAAAUAAACUGGUAAACUAAUA